UUCAGAUCUGAAAAAACAAGAAGAUGAAACAUAGUUCAACUGUUAAAGUCUCUGUUUCAAAUAUGUCUUCUUCAACAACAACAGAUUCUGCAGAGUUGCAAAAUCUGAUCCAACGGUUUCAAAAUAACAACAAACCUCAUCUUCUCCCUCAUAUGGCUGCAAAAUCUUCAGCUGUCUUAGUUUGUCUAUACCAAGAACAAAGAGAAGACAAAGACGAGCUACGCGUAAUCUUAACCAAACGCUCCUCUACUCUCUCUUCUCAUCCAGGGGAAGUAGCAUUGCCUGGAGGAAAAAGAGACGAAGAAGAUUCAAAUGAUAUAGCUACUGCGUUGAGAGAAGCUCGUGAAGAAAUCGAUCUAGAUCCUUCUCUUGUUACAAUCAUUUCUGUUCUUGAACCAUUUGUUAACAAGAAGGGAAUGUCUGUUGUACCAGUUAUCGGAUUUCUACUCGAUAAGAAAGCGUUUAGACCAUUACCAAAUCCAGCUGAAGUAGACGAAAUCUUUGAUGUUCCUUUAGAGAUGUUCCUUCAGGACAAGAACAGACGAGCAGAGGAACGAGAGUAUGAAGGACAUAAAUAUCUUCUUCAGUACUUUGAUUACUAUUCCGAAGAUAAAGAGAUAAGCUUUAUCAUAUGGGCACUCACUGCUGGUAUUCUCAUCAGAGUUGCCUCCAUUGUUUAUCAGAGAUUACCAGAGUUUCAAGAACGGAAGCCAAGAUUCUGGAAUCAGCCCAAUUGA